AUGUCUGGUGCAACCGGAGGUGAUACGGCAUCUCACCUAACCGAAAAGAUGCAGGAAAAGAUUUUCGAAGAGUUCGGAAAAGCUCUAGAAGCUAGUCCACCACAGUUCAUCGAUAGACUACAAACCAUGAUCUUAUCGGUGGUAGAAGAAAAGAUUAAUGAAUUGAAGGAGAGUCUCACGCAAGAAAGAGACAAGGGUAAAACGAAAACAUGUCCAUAUAACAAGUUUAUAGCAUGUAAACCCCCAAUCUAUAAUGGCGAAGUUGAUCCGAUCGUUUGUCAACUAUGGAUUAGCGAUAUUGAAGGGGUUUUCGAGAGAACCCAUUGUGAUGAGACCGAUUUUGUGGCUUACAGGACUGGUCAAUUAAGAGGUCAAGCAAAAGAUUGGUGGGACAAUCUUAAAAAGGAACAAGGAAUCGAGGCCACGAGAACUAUGACGUGGGAAGAAUUCAAAGUACCAUUCCUUAGACAUCACAGCCCAAAAGCCGUGAUCAAUAAGAUCAAAGAAGAGUUUAUUCAGUUAAGGCAAAGGGGCGAGUCGAUAGAUAAGAUCACGGGAGUGUUCCUAGACAAGCUCAGAUUUUGUGAUGAGCUAGUUCAAACAGAAGAGCAGAAGAUAUACUAUUAUUACAACAUGUUAAGUGCGGAGUAUCGGGAGUUUAUGACUCCCUCGAAAUACGGACAUCUUACGAAAAUCGUAAAUGCCGCACGAGAACGGGAGAUUGAGUUGAAGAAACGAAUUGAAAGAGGCGAAAGGAAGGCAUUGGAUGCGAAUCCAAGCCCCACGAAGAAGCAAAAGCCAAAUGAAAUUCCAAAGAAAGGAAACACCAAAGGGGGGUCACCUCAAUGCAAGAUAUGUGGAAAAGCUCAUUUGGGCGAAUGCUAUUUCAAGAAUAAACCAUGUCCUACUUGUGGGAAAGUGGGACACGUGGCUUCUAAUUGCCCGGGAAAAGUGUCGGUGUGCUAUAACUGA